AUGUCACACUCCGGCCACGGCGGCGGCAUGGGCGACGGCCCCGCCUGCAAAAUCUCCAUGCUCUGGAACUGGUACACAAUCGACGCCUGCUUCCUCUCCUCUUCAUGGCACAUCACCACCAACGGCGCUUUCGCGGCCACCUGCAUAGGCGUCAUCCUGAUGGUCAUCCUCCUCGAAGCCCUCCGCCGCAUUGGCAAGGAAUACGACGAGCACAUCCAGCGGGACUUUGCGGCAAGGGUAGCACUGAUCGCUAACGGCGGUCUUGCCCCCUCUUCCGCCGCGCCGUCAUGCCCCGGUGCUGCCUCGUCGUCGUCAAACGAAGCGGUUGCUCCUCAGACAGUCACUUUCCGCGCGAGCCCACUGCAGCAGCUUAUCCGCUCGUUGAUCCACACUGCUACUUUUGGGCUGGCGUAUAUUAUCAUGUUGUUGGCUAUGUAUUAUAAUGGGUAUGUGAUUAUUAGCAUUUUGAUCGGGGCGUUGCUGGGCAAGUUCUUGUGUGAUUGGAUGACCAGGACGGUGGUGAUUGGGGCGGAUGGAACGGCGGCGGUGAAGAACGGGGGGCUGGUGGGGGGUGGGAUUGAUGAGCCUACUGUUUGCUGUGGGUGA